UCAAUAUUGUUAUAUAUUUUAUAAUAGUGUUCGUAAUAAUUAUAUUACGUAUGAUUUUGUAUCAACAAAAAGACAAAUUUUGAAUUACUAACGAAGUAGAAGAUAUAAAGACUUUUCAAAUGCAGGACAUCUCUGAUGAUUGUACAGAUAUGAGAUUAUUACCAAUGAAUGAAGUGCUCAAACCACUAGCUUGGUUAAAAGGAACAUGGAGAACUAAAAGUCCUGGAGCUGGUAAAUAUCCAACAAUUCAACCGUUCAGAUAUUGCGAAGAGAUGUCCUUCUCUUCUAUCGGUCAACCAAUGUUAAAUUAUUCUGCACUAAGUUGGAAGCCUGAUGAAAAAACUCCAAUUCAUUAUGAAGUUGGAUUUUUGAAAAUAAUACCUGAUACAAAUAAAGUUUAUAUGCUGCUGUCUCAUAACUUUGGUGUAACAACAAUAGAAGAAGGAGUUGUUGAAGAUAAAAUCAUUAAAUUGAAAACUACUCAUAUAGGAAGACCAACAGAAGGAACAAGAAGACCUAUAGUACUGGAGCUUCGAAGACAAUUUGCUCUUGUUGGAGACUGUUUAGAACAUACAUUAUAUAUGGCUACAGAAGACACAAAAUUGCAAGAACAUUUACAUGCAGUUUAUAUUAAAAAAUGCGAAACUGACCCAUGAAACUAUACAAUAUAAUUAUAUUAAACUGUACAAUAUGAUAUAUAUAUAUC